AGAACAGCUGCUCUGGGCCUUGACAAGAGAAAGGACAGAAAUGAGAACAGGUGGGAGAUUAAGAAUUUAGGUUAGGUAAGAGGCAAAGUCGGGAUGGUCAAAAAAGGGUUCAAGCUUAUCCCAGGCUGAGGAGGGGGAGGCCAAGUCCCUCCAGUAAGCCCCAAAGCCUCUACCCACCUGUAUUUCCAGAGGAACCGUCAGACUGUGCUAAACUUGGGGUCCUUUUUGAGAUGGCAUCUGUGAUUCAGCUAUUCAGAACCUAAUGAAGUUGGUGACUCUGUGACAAUGUGGAGAAAUCAUGUCAGAAAAUGUGGUUUGUACUGGAGCUGUCAAUGCUGUAAAGGAAGUUUGGGAAGAAAGAAUAAAGAAACACAAUGAAGACCUGAAGCGAGAGAAGGAAUUUCAACAGAAGCUAGUGCGAAUCUGGGAAGAACGAGUAAGCUUAACCAAACUAAGGGAAAAGGUCAUCAGAGAAGAUGGAAGAGUCAUUUUGAAGAUAGAAAAAGAAGAAUGGAAGACCCUCCCUUCUUCUCUACUGAAACUGAGUCAGCUGCAGGAAUGGCAACUUCAUAGAACUGGUUUGUUGAAAAUUCCUGAAUUCAUUGGAAGAUUUCAGAACCUCAUUGUAUUAGAUUUAUCUCGAAACACAAUUUCAGAGAUACCUCGAGGAAUUGGACUGCUCACUAAACUUCAGGAGCUGAUUCUUAGUUACAACAAAAUCAAGACUGUCCCCAGGGAACUAAGUCAUUGUGCAAGCUUGGAGAAACUAGAACUUGCUGUAAACAGAGAUAUAUGUGAUCUUCCACAAGAGCUUAGCAAUUUGUUAAAGCUUACUCACCUUGAUCUGAGUAUGAAUCACUUUACUACAAUCCCUCCUGCUGUGUUGAACAUGCCUGCUCUUGAGUGGCUCGACAUGGGAAGCAACAGACUUGAACAACUUCCUGAUACUAUAGAAAGAAUGCAAACUCUACAUACAUUAUGGCUGCAACGGAAUGAAAUAACAUGCUUGCCAGAAACAAUCAGCAACAUGAAAAACCUGGGUACUCUUGUUCUCAGCAACAAUAAACUGCAAGAUAUUCCAGUGUGCAUGGAAGAGAUGACCAAUCUGAGGUUUGUCAACUUCAGAGACAACCCACUGAAAUUGGAAGUAACACUUCCUCCUAGUGAAAGCAUAGAUGAAGAAGAGGAACGGGAAUUAUUUGGCCUUCAGUUUAUGCAUAUAUAUAUACAGGAGUCACGGAGAAGAGCAGAUAACCAAGUCAACCGUUCAACUACUUUACCAAUCUCUAUGAAUACUGAUGGAUAAUAUAACUCAAGAUGCCCUGCUGAAGAGAAUUACUUUGGGAAUUUGGUGAACUCAAUGUUUGUACUUCUAAAGUAAAAAUCAAAGCUAUUACCAAAGUUCAAUGAGGCUACAACAUUUUUUAAAGUUCACAUUAUCUGCUAUGUAAAUUAUAUUUUCAUAAAUAUAAAAAUACAAUUGAAAAAAAUUUUUUUGGUGGAAGACAGAUGUUCAAAAUUUCUUUUCCAUUAAGCACUUGUUUCUGGUGAUGAAGAAUGAUUUGGUAAAGCAGUUAACAAUACAUUUUCCAAAGACACCAGAGGAUCUGUAUAAUACUGUAAAGCAGGACUGAAACCUUUCUGCUGUAAAUACUCGACUCGGCCUUGGUCAAUCAGCAAUUUACAAAGAUGCCCUAUUUUCUUCUUUUCUUCAACAGUAAGGAGCCUAAAUCGAAUAAACACAAAACAUCAUUAAAAUUUGUAGGAGUUUAUGAAAAAAUUAUUGUAGUCACUUCUAUUUAUUGAUAAAAGUUGCUAAGUAACCCAUGAUAUACUAGGUGCUAUGUUCCAUGUUUCCAAGAUACAUUUUAUUUAUGCCACAAUAAAAGUGUAUUUUAACUUA